AUGAGAAUUUCAAUAGGUGUAGGCCAUGUUUUAGUUUCAGAUAACGUUGAACAUAAUCCAUUUAUGGAAUUCAGUAAACAAAUAAUGGAGAAAAACGAGGGUUGUCUCGAAAGAUUUGCAUGUGUAUCAAGUCAGCAGAAACAUGACAUGCAAUAUUUAAAGACGAUGAAACGAAUUUUGAGGAACGAACUCCUUUCCUCAAUAUUAAACACCACAGCCUUAGAAGAGGCUUCUAACAGAGGAUUACGAGGGUACGACUGUCUUGGAUACGAGCCUUGUGCUUUAAUGAAAGAGGACUUUAUUACGAUAAUGGAAAACCUCGCUGCAUAUCAAAAGCCGAAUAAAACUUAA